CGCCCCCCCAUAGGCAGAGGGGGCGUGGCCUGUCGGCGGCGCGCGGCGGCCAUGGGGCUGCUGACCAUCCUGAAGAAGAUGCGGGAGAAGGAGCGGGAACUGCGGCUGCUCGUGCUGGGUCUGGACAACGCCGGGAAGACGACGCUGCUGAAGCGCUUCAACGGGGAGGACGUGGCCACCAUCUCCCCCACCCUGGGCUUCAACAUCAAAACCCUUGAGCACCGCGGGUUCAAACUGAACGUGUGGGACGUGGGCGGUCAGAGCUCUCUGCGCUCCUAUUGGCGAAACUACUUUGAGAGCACCGACGGUCUCAUCUGGGUGGUCGACAGCGGCGAUCGGCAGCGCCUGCAGCUCUGCGCCCACGAGCUGCGCGGGCUGCUGCGCGAGGAGCGCUUGGCCGGUGCCACCCUCCUGGUCUUCGCCAACAAGCAGGACCUGCCCGGGGCGCUGCCGGCCACCGCCAUCAGCCAGGCGCUGGAGCUGGACUCCAUCCGCAGCCACCAUUGGUGCAUCCAGGGCUGCUCGGCUUUCACGGGGCAGAACCUCCUGUCCGGCAUCGAUUGGCUCUUGGACGACAUCGGCAGUCGCCUUUGCCCCGACGACUGAACCCCAAAAAAUCUACCCCCCGGGGGGGAAAAGUGGGGGGCGGGGGGGCGAGGAACCCCCUCCUCGU